GUCCGAGCGCCGGCUGGAGCCGAGUUAGUCGGAACCCGAGCGCAGUGUCAACAACAGCGUGAUUCCUUUCCCAGCUCAGCAGUUUUCCGCUUUUCAGAAUUCGUCGCUUUCCGUCCCGAGUUCCUCCUUUCCUUCGUGUCGUUCAACUCCGCGGGAUCGUCGACCAUCCAGUCUUCCUUCCGGCAUGCUCUCCGCGCUUUAAAUGUGAUCCCUGAUCCCUUCUCCAGCGUCGCGUCGCCCGGAUACCCCGAUUUUCGAGCCCCCCUCAGUUUCCUGUCCAGCGUUCAAGUCUCCAGUACCCAUGCACGCGAGACUCCUUCUUCUGGCCGUCUGCUGUCUUGUCGUCGCUGGAUUCCGCAGAGGACGAGCAGAUAUCGAGCACAUCGGGAAGAGUUACCAGUUUCUAGCAGAAGAACCCGCGCGGCAGGUCGGACAGGGAGCCGAUGGAAGGACAGCCGAGGAGGAGGCGGGGUGGGAGGCACCCGACGUAGAGGACCCCUCGGUGCCCCUGGCGAUGAGGCUCCUGGCCGAGGCUGAGAAUGAAACCCCCCGAGGGCGGGCCAUGAGGAUCACCGGACAGGAGGAUUUCACCCCCAUCGCCAAGUCUCUCUCUCCGGACUCCGUCACCGUCGGGACGUUCAGGAACCUGGCAGUGAUAAACUUCACGGUGCCGAACGAGUACAGCCGGGCUCUGGGGAAGAACCGGACGGUGUGGUUCAUCUUGACGCUGAAGAACAUCACGCAGCACCCCCUGGUGACGGCCGUGCUCUCGGACAACCUCCACUACCGCGGCGACGUCUUCGUCAACUCGACGCGGGUCGACUGGAACAAGAACUUCCUCCUCUUCAACGUGACCAAGUUCGUCAAGUACUCCUACAGGAACCAGAGCCUCAGCUUCUCCCUGGUCACGCAGCCCGAAGGGGACAGCCGCAUCACCGUCUCCGAUGUCGUCGAGCUCCAGGGCAGCGAGAGGGGACCGCUUUUGGUGUCCACGGCCUUCCCGGAGCUAUCAGCGAUUGACAUGCCCGGGGCCCUGCGCAGCAAGAGCAGGAGGAGACGAAGCUUGGAGGCCGGCGAGGUGACGUCAUCAUCUUCCACUCGGGGGACGACAACGACGGCGACCCCCGUGACGUCAUCAUCAUCGCCAUCGUGCAAUUGCAGGCUCCAAGAAUGGGCGCCCAGCAAGGAGGAACUCGGCUGGUCGUGGCUCAUCCGACCGGAGUUCGUUCCGAUCAACUACUGCAUCGGGGACUGCCCCGUGCCCCUCCUCAACAGUACUUACAACGCCUCGUCCAAUGCCAUAGCUAGAGAUUACUAUCGGACGAUUAUCAAGGCCCGUGACCCAAAGCUAGACCAUCCGGACAUCCAUUGUGUGCCAAUUGCCUAUCGACCAGUGGCCGUUCUCAUCGAAUCAGCCCCGGGCAUCAUCUCCAUGGAGCGAGUUUCAACUUUGGCCGUGUCCCAGUGCGGAUGUAGAUGAAAGCCAUCCACCAUCGCUCCACGAACCACAUAAAUUUUGCGCCAUUCUGCACGGUAUCUCGAACAACCUAAACACACGGAAAAAAAUGGAUUGCUGAUUUAUUAAAAUAUAUGUCCGACAUGUUUCAAAUGUACAUUUUAUAAUAGUGGAAAGCUAAUUGAACCACGGAGGUGGUUACGUUGGCAUAUUUUUAUUGUAAAAUCUACAUUGAGGCAUGUCGGACACUUUUUUUAACUACAAAAUUGUUUAAUCAGCAAUUUCAUUCUUUCUGUGCAAACUUGUUGCGACUCUUGCAAGCUAGCGACACUUAAUUUCAGGAAAAUAAGUUGAUGAGUUUAACCAUCAUUCUCGAUAAUUUUCGUGCAAACCAACAAAUAUGAUAAAACGAACAAUUCUUUUGGAAUAGCCUACCAGCUUGGAUUUAGAAGUAGUGUAAAUGUUGUGAUUGUAAAAAUAAGAUAGUUUAUCCUACCAAUUUUGUCGGUUGGCUAUAAGGAGGCGGUAUCGAUAAGGGCCGUUUUGAGCCCACCAUAGCAGAAUUUCCUCAAUUCUACAAUGUUUUGCUCAUUGAGGAUUUAUACUUUACGGAAUGCAUUAUAGCUUGAUCAUUUUCGGUCUCUUUUUAGGUCUAAGACUGAUUUAGAUAAGGGUCUGAGGGCCGAUUUUGGUUAAAAAUGCGGAUUUUUCGGCAUUUGAACGUAAAUUUGCAAGAAUCACAUUUUCCGCCAACGUAGGUCUUACGACCCAUGUUUGGGCCAGUUUAGACCCAGUAAAAGAUAAAAAAUGACCAAAUUACGAUGCAUCCUGUAAAAAGUAGACUUUCAAUGAGGAAAAAAACGUAGAGUUGAGGAAACGCAGGGUUGGCCUAAAAAUGACCAUUUUCGACAGUCAAGAAGCAAAGACAAAAAGAGAAUAUUGGUAUCUUGGCAAUGGUGGAAGCUUUUACCUCCGUGAUUCCAACAUCGGAUUGUUGACCUACCUACCAGGUGGAUGUUGAGCAUUAUAUUCAGCAAAAAGCCAUAAUUUGGUAAACUUGUUUGACACAUUACGUCACCCGCGAAGCUCGUAGGUUGUCAAUUGUCAGCGUGAGGAUGAUGACUGUUGCUAACUAGUAAUUGCCUGUAAGGAAAGUUGAAUCCCGGAAAGUAAAAGUUUCCAACUGUUACCAAGAGCUAAUAGCGGAAGGUAUCUCCUUGACCCUGUCAAAAAGAUAGUUAGGCUACUAAACAUUGUUCUCUUGUUUAAUGGACCACUAAAAAGGGUAGAAUUCCAAAAAGAUCGUCUUUAGACACACCAUGGAACUAUUAGCUCAGGAUACCUGCCGCGAUUCGUCUGCAAGAAUUUGUAAUUAAAACUGUCCACAGACUUUUAACAUCGAUGAAAAUGCAGGGUACAAUUCAAAUUGUUCACUCAAAUAUUCCUUCGUUGACAAAAUAUGUCUCUUUUGAAAGAGAGAGAAUAAAAUCGAGACAACUCUAUGAAGUCUCUGGAUUUGACUGUGGCUUUUCUACGGAUUAAACCAAAAUUACCAUAAUUCUGAUAUUUACCAAUUACCAUAUUUCUGAAAUUGAAAUUUAAAAAUUCAUGUCCAAAAUUUUCAGUAGACUUGGGAAGAUCCUCGAUCUCUGAUUAGAUCAAGGAUGAUUAACCAGGAAACGACUGGUUUUAGUUUUAGUUUUCCAUACAAAUGUUUAUUUUUUCCUACCUGAAAUCAGUUGAACUAUAUUAUAUUUCUUAGUGUUUUUAUUGAUUAAUAUGUACAUAUCAAAUAGUUAUAAUAAAGCCAUACUUGUAAAUUUUAA